GCUUUGAGGGGGUCCCCGGGACAGCCGGAGGGGACUUGGCAUGGGCGCGCGGCCGAGCGGGGAGCGGCGCUCCGCGCCUGCUGUGGCGGCUCGGCGAGUACCAGUCACCGGGCCAGCGCUCCGGCGCGGUCUGGAAACCCUGUGCCAAGCGUGAGAGUUUCCGGGGGGCUGGCACCGGGUGGCGCCGCACGCCUCCGCUGCUUCCCCCGCUAGGAGACCGUUUUACCCAGGCCUGCGGCCCCGCGUUUUUUCCCUCAUUAAGGACCGUCUGGUCAGAAGCCUGAGAUUCGAGUUCACUUGAAAUCAACGUAUAAACACGCGCUACUUUAUUUACACUGUGCUCACCGUCUCUAGGCUCAGAUUCGUGUUAAAUUGCUCCUGCUUUGUGAAAGAUCUGGUCUCUCAAAAGGCAUCACUGUUUCAUGGUGUGUGGAGAUAACCCGGAAAGUUAAGGACGUUUCUAAGGAGAAUUUGCAGAGGAUGCUCUAGGAAAAAUCUGAACACUGAAGGAAGUGGAAAUCAUGGACCAGAACAACAGCCUCCCUCCUUAUGCUCAGGGCUUGGCCUCCCCACAGGGAGCCAUGACUCCUGGAAUCCCUAUCUUUAGUCCAAUGAUGCCUUAUGGCACAGGACUUACUCCGCAGCCUAUUCAGAACACCAAUAGUCUGUCUAUUUUGGAAGAGCAACAAAGACAGCAGCAGCAACAGCAGCAACAGCAGCAGCAGCAGGCAGUAGCAACUGCAGCAGCCUCAGUUCAGCAAUCAGCAUCUCAGCAGCCCACACAGGGUGCCUCAGGCCAGACUCCACAGAUCUUCCAUUCCCAGACUCUGACCACUGCACCCUUGCCAGGCACCACCCCCUUGUAUCCUUCACCAAUGACCCCUAUGACCCCGAUCACUCCUGCCACACCAGCCUCUGAGAGCUCUGGGAUUGUACCACAGUUGCAAAAUAUUGUAUCCACGGUGAAUCUUGGAUGUAAACUUGACCUAAAGACCAUUGCACUUCGUGCCCGAAAUGCUGAAUAUAAUCCCAAGCGGUUUGCUGCUGUCAUCAUGAGAAUAAGAGAGCCACGAACAACUGCGCUGAUUUUCAGCUCUGGAAAAAUGGUGUGCACCGGAGCCAAGAGUGAAGAACAAUCCAGAUUAGCAGCGAGAAAAUAUGCUAGAGUUGUGCAGAAGUUGGGAUUCCCAGCUAAGUUCUUAGACUUCAAGAUCCAAAACAUGGUGGGAAGCUGUGAUGUGAAGUUCCCCAUCAGGCUGGAAGGCCUCGUGCUGACCCACCAGCAGUUCAGUAGCUAUGAACCAGAAUUAUUUCCUGGAUUAAUCUAUAGAAUGAUCAAACCAAGAAUUGUUCUCCUUAUUUUUGUUUCUGGAAAAGUUGUAUUAACAGGUGCUAAAGUUAGAGCAGAAAUUUACGAAGCAUUUGAAAACAUCUACCCCAUCUUAAAGGGAUUCAGGAAGACCACAUAGUGGCUGCCAUGCAUUACUGCCCCCCACCCACUUGUUUUUUAAAUCCGUCAGUUCUGGUGCCGCUGAUGGUAGCUGUGAGAAGGACACUCGGCUACAGGUGGCAGCAUGAAGUGACACUGUGUCCUACUGCGGACACUGGAAAGGUUACCUCCUCUGCACUGAGAUCGCCCUGCAGCAUCACUGUGAGCCGCUUGCUCCGUGCUGCUAUUCGGGCAGCUCUGCCCACUUAUUUAUAUUUAGAUUUUAAACACUGCUGUUGAUGAAUUUGCUGGUUUAAGGGACAGAACUUUUAAGUGUUCAAGCCACCUGUACAAUUGGACUUUUUAUUUUAACUUUUCCCACAUAAGCCAGUUUUUAUAUUUCUACCAGAAAAGUAAAAAAUCUUUUUUUAAAAGUGUUGUUUUCUAGUUUGUAACUCUAAGGAGUUAUUUUUGUGCCAGAUACAUUCCUCCUUCCCAGUAUUGCAGAACUGAAGAGUUGUGUUAAUCAAAAUAAAUGUACGUAUUUUCCUUCUCCAGAGGGCUCUGCACAGAAACAUGCAGCUUGUAAAUUGUUAGAUUUUUGUUAUAAACGAAACCUUGUAAGAGUCAUGUGAUCAUACUGUCAAAGAGAUUUAUUUUAGAUAUAAUGCCUGAGACCA